UAGGAUGCACAGCUACACUUGGACAAUUCUGGCCGGGCUCUUGGCCCUCAGCAGCUUGGCAGUUGGAUUGGGUAUCCAGAGACAGAGCAACGGAUACCAAGAGCAGGACACGGCAAGGGCCUUCUACUCCUACGGCUACAGCGACGACAACGCAGCCAGGGCGGAGUACUCCUCCCGAGAUGGCACCUCUAGGGGCUUCUACUCCUACGUGGAUGCGAAUGGAAAGCUGCAGACCGUGCGCUACGAGGCAAAUGGAGCUCAGGGCUUCAAGGCGGAGGCCAGCAACCAGCCCCAGGCUCCAGUGGACGAGGGAAAGGCACCUCUGCCAGUGACCGAUACAGAGGAAGUGCAGCAGGCACGUCUGGCUCAUCUGAACGCUCUGCGAGAUGCGAGGGAGGAGGCCCUAGCCGCCAGCUUGCGCGAGGAGUCUGACCGGAGGCAGCAGGAUCAAAAUAGGAACAACAACCAGGAUCAGCAAUCGGGCGAGCAGAAUUUAAACGAUGAAGAUGCUGCCAUUCUAGAGCGAGUUCGGGCUGAACUUACAGCCAUGUUGGCGGAACGUCAGCGAUUGGGAGAUCUCUCCAGGAACAGGGAUGAACAGGACGAGCGCCAGGAUCAGGCUACCAGACAGGAGCAGCGACAGGAGCAGAGGCAGGAGCAGAGACAGGAACAGAGGCAGGAUCAAAGGCAGAGUCUAAGGGAGGAUCAGCGAGAAGAUCGGCGACAGGAACAGCGACUGAAUCUGAGGGAGGAUCAGCGAGAAGAUCGACGACAGGAUCAGCGGGAAGAUCGGCGACAGGAUCAGCGCGAUGAUCGACGUCAGGAUCAGCGAGAAGAUAGGCGACAGGAUCAGCGAGAAGAUCGAAGACAGGAUCAGCGAGAAGAUCGUCGACAGGAUCAGCGGGAAGAUCGGCCACAGGGUCUGAGGCAAAACAACCGUCAAAAUGAGCGCCAAAGCCAGCGACUUGACCAAUCCCGAAACCAAGAAGCCCGGGAUGAAUUGGCCCUUAACCGGGAGGAGGCUCGCCAGAACGAUCGCCAGCUUUCCCAAUCCUCCCUUACCUCUGAUCGCACCGACGAGGAUCUGCGCCUGCGCACCAUCUACUCCCUGGCUGAUCUCAGCUCCAGCAGCUACCUGAAACUAGGUGACCUGACCAGUGCCGAGAAGUUGCUGGAAGAUCGUUUGGACAACAGUGAUCUCCGUGUGCCCAUCAGUGCCUACUAUACUCUGCUCUCGCCCAACACCAAGUACAGUGUUACCACACCCACGGAGCUGAGAACCCUUCGUCCGGUGGCUCUCAGUCGCAGUUUGUUGGUCAACAAACGCAACUGAAGGGAACUUUCGAUUGGGAAAGAUGCAU